AGGUUCUUCCCUGUAUAUUAUGACUAAAAUAUCUGGUUUGUCAACAAAUCUUCACAUCUACAACUAGAAAUAGUUCUCCUUCAUUUUUUGAAGGGCCUCUACAAGCUGUUUUUUUUUUCCAUAUAAAACCAUUUACUUAUUCCUUGGCAUCAUACUUUGUAUACAUGAUCAACCGUUUCUUGUAUUUGCAGAGAAAAAAAAAAUAAGGAUGGAGAAUGGACAGGUUGAAAACCAUGUCCCCAAACCAGCCAAUGGGAUGGAAGUUAACACACACAGAGACUCUAAGCUGAACUCUGAUGUAGAGAACAUAGAGGACACAGUGGAGUUCAAGCUGAUGAGGGCCUACGCUCAGAGGAGAAGGCCGAAGAAGGUUGACCCACACAAGGAAAACGGCAAGGCUUUAACAGACUAUAGCAAUGAUGCAGACCCCACACCAGGUCAGACGACAGAAAAGACUGAGAAAGAGGAGGGGAAGAAAAAGAGGAAGAAAAAAACAAUAUGGAGGCAUUUGAAACCUAUCCUGAAGUGUGUUAGGCCUCAGACUGAUGAUAUGGAAUCGACACCAACACCAGCAACACCAACAUCAGACGAGACACAAGACGAUCCCAACCUGCGAUGUUUUCCUAUGGCUUUCACUCUGGAUGGUGAUCACGAUUCGUCCAAAGAUGAGGACGAGCUAGGGGAGGUGGCGUCCCGUGUGAUCGGGCUCGCCGACGAACUUGAGUUAACCGAAACCCCCUCAGAACUGGAGACGGACUGUCCAGAGGAUGCACGCUCUAAAGAUGAUUUGGAAAAGACUAUUGGUCUCCUGCUGAGGAACGUGGGGGACAACAUAGACAAAGAGUUUAAUAUUUUACAAAUAGCUGCAGACCUUUUCUUGGACUACAACUUCUUCUCUAAGCUUCUCAACACAUUCUUUGUAAGAAUCGGAUUCAGGAACUCACACUCCGACGCUCUGGGACCCCAAGCAGGAAACAAAACCCAGGUCGCCGCCACCUUGGAGAUAACAAGUCGUCUUUCCUCUGUGGAGGCACUUCCCAGAAGCCGGCUAUUUGAACACGGAGCCCGUUAUCUGCAGGAAUAUUAUUCAUCGUGGGCUCAGCAGCAGGGCGGAUACGUACGUACACCCCCACUUCCUGCUUUUAAUAACCAGCUCUUCACUCUAAAACGUAUUUAAAAUGUUCCCCUUUUUCUCUCACAGGAGGCGAUUUUUCAGGAUGAUGAGGAAGUUGACUGAUACGGUCGCAGAAAUCGAGCAUCACUAAAAGUUUUCAAAGAAACAAAUUGAACUCAGGACCUUCUUUCUUUGAAAUUCUCAAAUCAGUUUUCAAGAAUGUCUUGAAAGCUUGUGGUUUAUAAACCUACUGUGAUCCAAAGAUCUCUUGCAGCCAGCAGUCGGUUUGUCUCUGCAGGGAUCAACGAAAAAGAAGAAAUCAUUUUUAUGGAAAAUUAUUCGUAAAGCUUUUGUUUACUUUGUAAAGUUCUAAUUAUGUUUUUUGUCUUUGUACUUCUAAAGGCAUUAAAUGUCUUAUCUCACUAGCACUUUUAGAAAAAAAGAGUGGGGGAGAGGGAAAACUUGAGCUUUUUCAAUGAUGGUAUAAUUUUAAUUUAUUUUGUUAAAAUAUCAAUUUUCUAAUUUUGUUAAAUUUUUAUUAUAAUUUUUUUAUAUAUAAUUUUUAGAUGCGCUUGUUAUAUUUCAACUGUGUUUUUUACCCUUUUUAAUAUGACCUGUGCAUCUGAUGUUUGAAGUCACAAACUUCAAUAUGUUUUAUCUGGUUUAAAAUGUUCCAAAGUUAGAUAUUGUUUUAUAAACCAAACCUGCUUUUAGACCGGCACAAAAGAAAACUGACAUGUCUGAGAUGUUCCUCUGUCUCCACUUUUCUCUCACUAUCAUUCAAAACUGUAAGUCCUUUACAGAAAAGGUAAAGUGCCAAAAUAAUGAAAGUGGACUCAGAGGUUGUUUCUUAAGGCGGAUAGUUCGGCUUGAAUUUAUUUAAGGAUGUAAUCGUGAACUGGACUGAUUUUAAAAGAAUUAUCUUCGAAUGAAGGACAGUUUUUAACUCAUAUGGGUUUUUUUUUAUUUUUUUUUUUAUUGGACCAUCAUUUUAUUAGAUGUAGCACAAGUCCUUUUAAUGAAAAGGAGCCCAAACUGAAGUAGUUUAAGCUUCAAGCUUUUAAAACAUGCAUUUUAUUUUUGCUCCAGAUUAAAUGCACUGCCAAAAUUGUAUAUUUUUUGUUUUCUGCAUAUUCUAGGAGUUUAAGUCUUAAUUACACAUAUAUGAUUAUAUUAAAUUAUAGGAUAAUGUGUAUGAAAUUGUCAUUGAAAGCUUUUAAGCUUGUUUUACUUUAAUUUGUUUCUCUGAGCAACAGCAGCCCCAUGUGGUCACAAGAUGAACUGCAUGUCCCAAUUUGCUCAAUUGAUACAUGAUGUACUGUAUUUUGUCAUGUUAAAAGAGUAAUUUGCAAUUCAACUGUGAAUAAAAUAGUUAAUGUUUGGCCUACCUUUUAAACUUUUUUACAAGUAAUUUAUGUUUCCUUGUUAUUUGGAAGUCUACAACUGAAACUACCUAAAGACUACACCCUGAGUUUAA